GUCUUUCUGCAGGUAUACCAAAGUUCUCAUAACACCCCACCCUCCACCCCCAUCGUCAAAGACGGAUUGACCCGGCGCUCCUGCACACCUAACCCCGCAUUUGGUCAAGUGCAUCGCGGUCAAGGCUUGAAAAACAGCAAAGGCAAAAGCAAAAGACUUUUGGGCCCCCAGCCACGUGAAAUUGUGGAGAGUCAGCUGCUCUGAUAUUUUUGCAGAUAUGCUCACUGCUGUGCGGUGCAUGCUUUCUAAGCUGGUUUCUCCAUUUUGGAGGACAGUAGAUGUGGAUGGAGAAGACAUUUUGUCUGGUUCAACAGCCAUGGAGGAGAUUCGUCACCUGCAGGGCAGUGUGGUAACCCAGCUGUGCGUUGACUAUGGCAUGAUAGACGGUGCAGUCUACUUCACAAGUGAAGAAGUGUUGGGCGGGAUUCCACUGAAAGAAGGCGACCUGGUGAACGGCAUAGCGGUACGAGAUGGUGCCCAAGGUGGAUGGAAAGCCAUUAGGGUGGAAAAGAGUGCAGAUGCUUGGGACGACGGAGGAAGAACCUCCCUAGAAGCUGACAGCAUGCAGCUGAGACCUCUCAUUGGCACCGUCACAUCAUUUGAUGGAGAUGGCGGCUACAUAAACCAGACCACAUACUUCCCACGCUACAGCCUUUGGGAAGGUUAUGAGCCAAUGAAAGGAGACUGGGUCCAAGCAAAAUAUUUUAUCAAUCCUACCAAGUGGACCACCCAAGCUCAAUCCGUGGCCCCUUUACGCUAUUGCCGCUUGGACCAGGUGCAUGUGACCAGUGUGUAUGGUAACAGCGGAGUAGUGGAGGACAGUGUGUUCUUCAGUCUGGACUCUCUGUUACUGCCUGCUAACUACCAGCCUUUGCCAGGGCACCUUGUUAACCUGGUAAUGGUGGAGAGCAGUCAGUCCCUCUUCUGUUGGAGGGCCUUGUGUAUGGCACCCUGUCAUCAAAGUGUGAAUUGUUCUGCUAAACUUCUCCCAGAGGCUGAACUCCAGAGCAUUUUGGAAAACAAAGGCGGGCUGGAAGUAACGGACUACAGCCAGUUUGGGAAUUUGAUGAUCGGGGAGAAAAGACAGCUGGUGCUCUGGAUACAAAAUAAAGGUUCAGAUGCUCACAGACUGAAGUGCUGUGACUUUGCCGGCUGGGACUCAAAAGAACAGUUCACCAUAGCUGCUGUCAAAGGGCCCGUACAACCGAGACAGAAACAACAGCCCGUGCCAGAGUCUGAAAACUGUCUUCAGUCUUCAGAAAAACAAGUCAGUGAUGCAAAAGAGGGAGACAAAGAAAAUCACAAGAUGCUGACGGAGACUAUCCAUUCACCCAGUGUAAGGAGAGAGGAUAGAGAGGUGGAUAUUCCUCCAGGAGAGAGGCUGUCUAUUGCAGUAGCCUGUCAAGCAAAGAGCUUGGGAAGCUGUGCCGAGCUGCUGCUGUUGCACUUCUCCUCUUUCACCAUCGGGAGGCGCCUGGAGGUCACAGUUGGCAGCGAAGAGGAGAACCUGCUGCAGCCUUCUGCACCCUACAGUCCCAGUGAUUUGUGUCCGGUCUCAGCAGUGCCUACUCAUGUGAUCACUGUCUCUGCUCCAAAAGACACACCGAGGCUGACUAAGCGACGCCUGCCAAACUUCCUGCGUAAUUACACGCUGCCCCAGGCUUUCAGAGAUUGUGUGGAGACACAUAGUGAUGUGCUGGCAGUUGAGCCCAGCCUAGGAGAGGUACUGUCUCCAUUCAACAUGCAAUCACGUUUCUCAGCCCUUCUCUGGCUGGAAGAGCUGCAUGCAGAGAGGGAACUGAGAGAAUUCACAAUCCACGGAGCACUUCUCAGGAAAGGAGCAUGCUUCCUGCACCUAGAGGUUCUCGGGUUGGCUGAAGGCAGACCGAGUCUCAAUAUAGGUGACAGAAUAGUGUUGAAGAAACCGCAGCGUGACGGUAUUACGAUGGAGUACAUUAGCUACGUCACAGAGAUCAACGAUGAGGACGUGAGUUUAAGAGUGAACGCAGAGUUUCAGCACAGCUACCUUGGAGAACCGCUCGAUGUUGAGUUCUCUUACAACAGAUUGACCAUGAAGCGGUGUCACAAUGCACUUGAGCAGACAAAACAUUUCAGAGAGAUUCUCUUCCCAUCUAGAGUGACUGUUCAGGCUCCUCAGUGGACAGGAACGUGGAUAGACUCAGACCACAAUGAGGCUGCAGCGAUGGAAAAUGGAAAGGUGUCGAGCAUUUCAAUUGACGUGAAGUCAAAGGCCACACAGACUAAAGAUGGAAGACUCCCAACGAAACCCAUCCCCAGCAAAGGCCACUUCUUUAACCCGGAGCUGAACCCUCCUCAGAGAGAGGCAGUGAAAAUGAUCCUGGCAGGAGAGUGUCGGCCCACUCCUUAUGUGCUAUUUGGACCUCCAGGCACCGGAAAGACCAUCACGCUCAUAGAGGCCAUACUACAGGUUUACCACUUUGUGCCGAGUAGUAGGGUACUCGUAUGCACUCCUUCCAACAGCGCUGCUGACCUCAUCUGCAUCCGCCUGCAUCACAGUGGCUUCCUGCACGCUGCAAGUUUGGCCCGUGUCAACGCUUCUUGUAGACAGGAUGAGUCCAUCCCUGAAGUGCUGAGACAGUACUCAAGGGCAGGCGAGGACAUCCGUCAUGCCUCUUUCCACCGGAUUGUGGUCAGCACCUGCUCCAGUGCUGGCAUGUUUCAUAAUAUAGGACUACAAGUGGGUCAUUUUACACACUUGUUUCUGGACGAGGCCGGCCAGGCUACAGAACCAGAGUCCCUGAUCCCUAUGAGUCUUGUAUCAGAGAGAGAUGGACAGAUGGUGUUGGCUGGAGAUCCCCGUCAGCUGGGUCCAAUAGUGAAGUCCAAGCUGGCUGCUGCUUUUGGCCUUGGCGUGUCUUUGUUGGAGAGGCUCAUGGCCAACCCGCUGUACUCCAGACAGGACUGGGGAUACAACCCUAAGCUGGUGACUAAGUUGAUCUACAACUACCGUUCUCAUGAGGCCUUGCUCACACUGCCCUCCAAGCUCUUCUAUCAGGAUGAACUGUGUUUUAAAGCCCCCAGGGACAUAGUGGACUGUCUCUGCCAGUGGAAAACCCUGCCCAAAAAAGGCUUCCCGCUCCUCCUCCAUGGAAUUAGGGGCACAGAAAUGAGGGAAGGUAACAACCCUUCAUGGUUCAACCCGGUUGAAGCUGUACAAGUCAUGCUCUACUGCUGCCAGCUCGCCAAGAAGCUCUACAACCCAGUGAAUGCCUCUGACAUCGGCAUCAUUGCCCCCUACAAGAAACAAUGUGAAAAGAUUCGAGUGCUGCUGGGUAAGGUGGGCCUAUCUGAUAUCAAAGUGGGUUCUGUGGAGGAGUUCCAAGGACAAGAGUUCCUCGUCAUCAUUUUGUCUACGGUGCGAUCUAAUGAAUCGAUAGAAAGCGAGGAUUUGCAGAGCUCGCUCGGCUUUCUUUCCAACCCCAAACGUUUCAACGUGGCCGUCACUCGCCCCAAAGCCCUCCUCUUAAUUGUCGGGAACCCACACAUUCUCAUUAGGGAUCCAUGUUUCAGGACUCUAGUUCAGUACUGUUUCAUCAACGGGGCCUAUCUCGGGUGUGACCCUCCUCCCUCCCUAAGAGACUCUCAAACUGCUGCAGAGGAGCAUAGGAGUGGAUAAAAAGAUGGUGUACCUCAGCUCCGUCAACCUGACUCUUACCAUGUUCUAAGUUUGCCCCCCCUCCCCCCUCAUGUUACCUUGGCUUGUCUCUCUUUUGACUGUUUAAAAAGUGAGCUGUAGCUGUCCUGAUCAGUGUUAACUGAGUUGUUUUGAAAGGGGGAAUGUCUUGUUUCUGCGAAAACCAAAUGCAGAUCCGCUCUGUGGUAGAAAUAAAGAUGACUGCUUAUGUACACUGCA